AUGAGAGGAUAUGAUAGAGAGGAAGAUGAAUAUUAUGAUGAAUAUGAGGUGGAAGGUGAAGAGCAAGUUGAGGAGGAGGAAUAUGAAGAGGAAGAACGGAAACCCACUGCAGAGGAAGUGGAAUAUCUUGAAUUAAGGGAGCGGAUUAAAGCACAAAUUAGAAAGAAGAUGCAGAAGGAAAGUGGUUCUGCUCUCACUAAAUCCCAAGAGAAGAAGAAAAAGCUUCCGUCGGACAAGUAUGGUUCAUUCUUUGGCCCUUCUCAGCCAGUUAUUGCUCAAAGAGUAAUUCAAGAAAGCAAGUCAUUACUAGAAAACCAACAUCUGGCUCUCAGAGUUCCAAACUCCCAGCAUGCUAAUAAAAAGAGCUCCUCUUCAACUGCCACAAGUUCCCAAAAUGGAGUACAUAGAGUCGUACCGAAACAAAAAAAUGAGCUAAAAACAAAAGCCCAAAAGCUCAAGGAUACAAGAGAUUAUUCCUUCUUGUUAACAGAUGAUGCAGAGCUCCCAGCUUCUACAAAAGAGCCUGCCCCUAGAAAUGCCUCUGCUCGAAACUCUGAGGCGAGAUCUGCUCAAGUGCCACAAAAGAGCAAACAACCACCCAGCAAGAGUGGCAGAAACAUUCAUGGCAGUCAUGAAGAAAGGAAGCCAGUUUCCAGGAAUGGCCAAAUGCAUUCUAAAGUAGGGUCACAAAAGCCAACUUAUGCAAAUAAACCCGAUGCAACAUCGAUGAACUCGAAAAGGCAGUUAGGUAUCAGCAAUGGGACUGGGCCUGGCCGGCCUGCACAGCCAAAAGGUUUGCCUUCAAAGACACCUGUUCCCAUCAUGCAGAAGAAGGCCUCUGCACCAAGUGUUAAAAAAAUCCUGCCUGCUAUGCACAAACCUAUCCCUUCAAAGUCAUCUGUUCCAAAGGAACACUGGGAACAGAGAAAAGGAUUACAAGAACCCAGUAAUGCUAAAAUGAUAGCAAAACAGCCAUUGGCAUCUUCAAAACAACAGAUAAAUAAGCCAAUCAAGCAAGUUUCGUCUCAUGCAUCGUUACAAGAUAACCGCCCCAAGAAAAAGCCUGUCAGAUCGUUCCCUGAUGAGUGCUCCGAUGACGAGGAUGCUUUCAAAUCAUGCCCUCUAAUUGUCAAGGUUGUGGGAGGCAAAAAAUAUGGUAAUCAUUAUGAUGACGACGACGACGAUAGUGACAUGGAGGCAAAUUUUGAUGACAUCAUGAAGGAAGAAAGGAGAAGUGCCAGAAUAGCACGAGAGGAAGAUGAAGAGCAACUCCGCUUGAUAGAAGAAGAGGAGCGACAAGAACGAAUGAGAAAGUUGGCAAAGAAGCGCAAGCUGACUUUAACUUUGCUUGAAUUGGUUGAAGAUUCAGAGAGAAAUGGAAGAGAGGUUUUAGAUUUGUUACGAGUAUUGUUCCUACAAGUAGCUAUCCGGGUAAAAUGA